AUGGCCGCACUAUCAACGACAGACUCAGCCCCCUUGACCCUUCGUGAAGUCGAGCUUCGAGCAAAGGAGAAUCUCCCCAGUCACAUUUACGAAUUCUAUGCAUCGGGGUCGGACGAUGAGGAGGCGCUGCGUCGCAACGUGGAAGCAUUUGGCAGACUAUGCAUCAGACCACGAGUGCUCGUGGAUGUUUCGCGGGUCGACACUUCCACAGAGCUGUUCGGAUGGAAAACCGCACUUCCGAUUGGCAUAGCUCCUAGCGCCAUGCAAAAGCUGGCAGGCGGCGACGGUGAGCUUGACGUGGUAAAGGCGGCUGCUGGGAUGUGCAUCAACAUGACCUUGUCGUCGCAAUCCACGACAUCGCUCGAGGAUGUCCAGAGGGCCCGGGAAAGCGUUACUGCCGAGACACAAGUUCAAGCACCGCCACUCUGGAUGCAGCUCUACCUGUAUGAGGAUAUGCAGAAGAGCACACAAUUAAUUCGGCGAGCUGAGAAGUCUUCGUACGAGGCAUUGGUUCUUACAGUAGAUACACCAGUCUUGGGGAACCGACUGGCCGAAAGAAAAACCGCAGUCGUCCUGCCGCCAGGAAUGAGUUUACCAAACACAACGGCAUCUUCUCCUCAAUCUAGUUCGCCGAAUCUGCUUCCGAGCGUCAACAGACUCCUGAUGAAUGCGCGGACUGCAGCCGAUGCACAGGCCCUGCGGCAGGCGUCGGGUUCUGUAAUGCACAGUUCGAGCAUGACCUGGGCCAAGAGCCUCGCCUUCCUUCGCAGGGUGACCAAGAUGCGGAUCAUUCUCAAGGGCAUCAUGACCGGCGAGGACGCAGCGCUGGCUGUCCAGCACGGCGCAGAUGCCAUCAUUGUGUCGAACCACGGCGGUCGCCAGCUGAGCAGCACAUGUGCAACGAUUGAGGCACUUCCAGAAAUUGUUGCUGCCGUGCAGGGUCGAAUUCCGAUCAUUUUAGAUGGCGGCGUGCGCACGGGUGCCGACGUGUUCAAGGCUCUGGCGCUUGGGGCCGACUUCAUAUGCGUAGGCCGCCCGGCGCUCUGGGGGCUGGCCUAUGAUGGCCAGAAGGGCGUGGAGGCUGUCAUCCACAUUCUUGAGCGAGAGUUGAGCCGGACGAUGACACUGGCGGGUGUUUCUCGGAUCAAGGAUAUCAGCCGAGAUCGGCUUGGCAUUGUCGCAAGGGACACUUUCGGCAUUUCGAAACUAUAG